AUGACAUAUAUCAGAUCAUUGAUAUUCAGUCAUAUCGAUCAAAUAUUCAAAGUAGAGUAUGACGAAAAGAGAAGUGAUGCAAAUAGAAUUGAUGCAAAGAGAUAUAUGGGUCCAAAGGAAGAGAUAUCAUUCAAUUACCACUUGCAAUGA